GGGAUUGUGAAACAAAAAGAAUCUGUCGGGGUUGUGUGCACAUUUUCUCACUUCAUCUUCCUAACAAUCGGGGCUGAUACGACAGAGGAUACUGUUGUUGUUGUUGUUGUUGUUGUUGUUACAGAGGUGGAUACAUUUGUAAAGUUAAAGCAGCUUCUGUGAACGAGGAUGAGGAACACUGUCAUGUGAGGACAGCAGCUCACUGUUGGAUGUCCCGGUCCUCAAACUGGACAACACAUCUCCUCCCGUGAUGAUUACAGUCAGCAGAUCCAGGUCUCUUUACAAGAGACUAAACAAUGAUAUCAAACACAGGCUGGCUGUCUGCUCCCUGAGUCUCCACACUUCAGACCACUCAACAUCAAACUUGCUCAGGGAUGUUGAGCCAGUGGUCUUUGCCGUCAGGAGAGGGGAUGUGAAGGCUGUUAAUGAUCUAGCAACAUCCACUCCUCUCAGCCUGCUGAAGGAGAACAAAGAUGGGUGGAUACCUCUGCAUGAUGCUGCCUUCUGUGGGCAGACGGAGUGCUUGAAGAUCCUACUGAAGGCUCAUCCAGGUACGGUAGACAAGCGUACCUUGCAGGAGCAGACGGCCUUGCUGCUCGCUGUGUCGUGUGAACACUUGUCAUGUGUUCGGUGUCUUCUGGAGGCAGGCGCCGACCCCGACAUCAGCAGCAAGAACAAAGAAACCCCUUUGUACAAAGCCUGUGAGUUGGAGAAUGUGGACAUGGUGAGUCUCAUUCUCUCCUACGGGGCCACUGUGAACCAGCGGUGUGGUCAGGGUUGGACGGCCCUCCACGAGGCUGUAUCCAGGGACAACACUGAGAUCUGUGAGAUCCUAACAAGUGCACAGGCCACAAUCAACCCAUCGAACACCUACAGCGUCACACCUCUCAUUGUAGCAGCUCAGCGAGGACAGAUGAGGGCACUGUGUUACCUUAUUGGGAAAGGUGCAGAUGUGAACAUGCAGACAUGCGAUGGCAUCACAGCGCUUCAUGAGGCUAGUAAAAAUGGAGGCAAGGAAAGUGUGGCAGUGCUUUUGACUAAACAUGCAGAUGCCAACAAACCCGAUAACUCAGGACUGCUGCCACUACAUAUUGCUGCCCAAUAUGGACACCAUGAGAUUGUGUCCAUGCUUGUCUCAGUGACAAGUCGAGCCAGGCUCCGCCACAGCUGUGUCAGCCCCCUCCACCUGGCAGCAGAGCACAACAGACACACGGUGGCAGCUGUGCUCCUCAAGACAGGCGUAGACGUAAACGCCAGGCUGGCCAGCAGUCACUCCAUGCAGUAUGCGGAUAGAAGAGCAACAGCCCUGUACUUUGCUAUUGCCAACGGCAGCACCAAGACAGCAGAGGUGUUGCUGAACGCUGGGGCUAGUCUAAGCUUAGACCCGGUCAGUCCUCUGCUGAUGGCUGUACGGCAGGGCUGUGUCAGCACAGUGUCCCUACUGCUGGACAGAGGGGCCGAUGUCAGCGCCAGAUUACCCUCUUAUGCCACUACGUUCCCUGCUGUUGUUGCACUCUGCAUGAAUAAUCUGCCUCUACUUAAGUGCCUUUUGGACAAUGGCUGUGAUGCCCUCUCCUGUUUUUCCUGUACAUACGGCUGUGCCCCUCACUCAACAACAUCAGGAUCAGACAUAAGAACUGUUGGCAACAAUGGAUUUGUAAUACAGAAUGACAAUAUGCUUCCUUUUAACUGCAGUGGAAUGUCAGAAAGAGAAACACAGUUCUGUGAGUGGAUGUCCACAUCAGUUAUGUGUCAAUGGGCUGGACCGAUCAUAGACCUGCUGCUGGAGCAUGUUGGUAACAUUCAGCUAUGCAGUAAGCUCACUGAACUGUUGGACAGCCGAGAAGAAUGGCUUGCUGUAAAAAGGAAGUCAUUGUCACCUCGUCCACUGAUGCACCUUUGCAGAUUCAGGAUUCGGACACAAAUAGGGAGACACAGACUGAAAUCUCUCCCAAGUCUACCUCUGCCAGACAGACUGAUCAGAUACCUAAGCCUGGCUGACUAACUUUAAAGUGAACUUCAAGCAAUAUCGGCAUCAGAGAUGUGACAACAUUUAUCCUUUGUGUUUCUUUUUUUAGCUGCAUCCGAUAUCUUCAAUCUGUAAAUGCAAUCCUCUAUGUAUAAAAUAUCUAUUUAUAACAUAAGAAACGU